AGGUGCGCGCGGGCUGGCCGUUGGGGACGGUUGGCCGUUGGGGACGGUUGGUCCGCGCGCGUUGACAGGUGCUUCUCGGGCCGCUUCGCCGCUCCAUCAUGAGGCCGCAGGACCCGGUGCAGAGCGGCUCCGCCGCAGUGGCCGCCGCCGCGCUGCCGCCGCUGGCACUGGAGAAGCUAAAGCAGCAGGCGUGCGAGAGCGUGGAGCUGAACGCGGCGCGGCUGGGUGCGCUGAGCCACGACAUCUGGAGUCGGCCCGAGCUGGCCUACGAGGAGCACCAGGCGCACGACGCCAUGACCCGCUUCUUCUCCAGCGGGGAGCUGCCCGGCGCCGCCUGGGCCGUGCAGCCCCGCUACAAGCUGGGCACAGCCUUCCGCGCUGAGUGGGGUACGGCCGCCCCCCAUGGCCUUCGCCCCCUCCGUGUCGCCUUCCUCUGCGAGUACGACGCCCUCCCCGGCAUCGGCCACGCUUGCGGACACAACCUCAUCGCCGAGGUGGGCGCCGCUGCCGCGCUGGGACUGAAGGCUGCCCUGGAGAGCUUACCCCAGCCACUGCCUGCCGCUGUCCAGAUUAUAGUGCUGGGGACACCUGCAGAAGAAGAAGGAGGAGGCAAAAUAGACCUCAUAAAAGCUGGAGUGUUUGAUGACCUGGAUGUGGUUUUUAUGGCACACCCGUCACAAGAAAAUGCAGCCUAUCUGCCUGAUGUAGCAGAGCACGAUGUGACUGUGAAAUACUAUGGAAAAGCUUCUCAUGCUGCUGCUUAUCCUUGGGAAGGAGUUAAUGCAUUAGAUGCUGCUGUUCUUGCAUACAACAAUCUGUCUGUUUUAAGACAGCAAAUGAAACCAACCUGGAGAGUUCAUGGUGUAAUAAAAAAUGGUGGUGUGAAACCUAACAUCAUUCCUUCUUACACUGAACUAGAGUUUUACUUGCGUGCCCCUUCAGUGAAAGAUCUUUCUGUUCUGAUAGAGAAAGUUGAAAACUGUUUCAAAGCUGCAGCAGUGGCCACAGGAUGCAAAGUGGAAAUAAAAGGUGGUGAACAAGAUUACUACAAUGUGCUUCCAAAUAAAACCCUGGAGAAUGUUUACAAGGAGAAUGGAAGGAAGCUUGGAAUCGAAUUUAUCUCAGAUGACUGUGUUUUGAAUGGUUUGUCAGGUUCCACUGACUUUGGAAAUGUUACAUUUGUAGUUCCUGGGCUUCAUCCUUAUUUUUAUAUUGGCUCAGAUGCCUUGAAUCAUACUGAGCAGUACACAGAAGCUGCAGGGUCGCAGAAUGCUCAGUUCUAUGCUUUGCGCACAGCAAAAGCUUUGGCAAUGACAGCACUGGAUGUAAUUUUCAAGCCAGAUCUGCUAGAAAAAGUCAGACAAGACUUCAGACAGGUGAAACUAAGCGAAGAGGGGCAACUACAUCCAGUAGAACCAAGCAAAGAAUCUGGCCUUGGUAUAGGAGCUGCAUGUGCAUCACACUAAACUUCAGAUGUCUGUUUUCCACCUUAGUGGGGAUGACAUGAUGGAGAAACUGUAUUUGAAUGCCAGAAGAGUCUGGAUAAACAUGGUUGAAGAAAUGUGAGGGAUUUUGGGUUUUGUAACUUUGGGGUAGAAGAACAAAUAUCAUUCAAAAAUGUUUAAUUUCAUGUAGCUGUAAUGUUUGCUAUAUUAAAUGAUGAAUUUCAGAGAUAGAUCUCAAAUGCAUUGUUUUUCAGUUGCAAUGUUGAAGAGGUUUAGAUCUCUUGUGUCAGUGACUUUUCUCUGUACUCCUAUAGAUAUAUCCAUUAUAUAGGAAAAUACAACUUUUAUGUGGACAUUUUUAUUCUAAAAUUAGCAUUAUUUACUCAGUGAUGACAGACUGAAUUUGACCUGCUAAAGCAUUUCCACUUGACUACACUUUUUCUUGGAACAAGACAGAGGUGAGCAAUAGCAAUAAAGCUCCUCCUGGCAUGUGUCCACAUGCUUAAAACUUGAGUUGCCUGCAUUUGAGGAGAAGGGUAUAUGUUUGGAGGCGUGCCUGUUCUUGACAACAGUAGCUCCUAGAAAUGGAAUAGAGGGAACUGUAUGUCCAGAAGCAGAAUCUGUCAAGAUUGGAUUGUUCUGAAGUGCAUCGGCUUUACUCCUGACAGUUUUUUGGAGGUGUUGUGAAAGAAUUAUUGAUCAAAAUCAGCAACUAAAUAUUUUUUGAAAUUAAGAUAUUUAAACCAGUGUAGAGAAAGGCAUGCAUGCCGCCUUUAGAUUCUACUCUAAGACAAAACAAAUGUCCAUAUAAGGUUUUGCACCAGCUUAAUUGAUUUGAACAAUGUAUACAGUUUAGCUAAACUGGUGAAACUGUGUCCUGCAAAGGACACAAACAUUCUACCAUGGAGUGGUAAACAAAGGUAAUGUUAAACUGUCUUUAUGCAAAUUCCUGCAGGAAUAUAUGGGAAGCUUGCAGUGAAGAUCGCUUAUGCAGUCACCACAUUCUCAAACCUGUUUGUGCCCAUGUCCUAAAAAUCAGUUCUAUUUUCUAAAUCUUGACAGUCUUUUUAUAAGAUUGUUUCAUGGUUAGUUUGCCCGGUCCUUACUACCUGGCUUUCUAGUGGCUGAGAUUAGUGUUGCAAAAUAUGUCUAGAUACAGUUCUGUUUGACCAAACCUGUUAGGAGUUUUUUUAAUGGAUUUGUUAAAGGAUUGUGUGAACACAGAGAAGGAACUAAUCUUUUGGUUGGAUGCAAAUUACUGAGAUGAGGACAGACCGAGCGAAAAGCAGCUUACUGCUUAACAUUUUUCUAAGCAUAGGUAUUAAGCUUCUGAAAAGACGUCAAGCUAAACAUAUUCUCUAAGAGGAAGUCGGAGUACCUCAAAUAAUUUCUGAAGAAUUUUUAACAGCACCAGUCUCUAAAUGGUAAAUUCUAAUAAAUAUAAUAAAUUCUAAUUAAAAUUUUAAUAAAAUUGAUAUGAUAAGACAUUUUCCUGUUUUAAUGGUAAUCACUCUUCAAAAAAACAGGAUUAUACUGUAUUGUUAAAAUUUAGCUUUAACAUUUGCAACAACACUGGUCAUUGCACUGAUUGAAAUAUUUUGUGGCAGAAACUAAACCUCUUUGGUCAAAAGACAGGUUGAUUAUCUAUGAUAUAGUUGUCUAAUAAAAAUGUAAUUUAAACAGAUUCCUCAUCUUGGUUUAAUUAUGUUCUCCCUCUAUGUGUGUGUGUCUUUAUGUAUGUGUGCGCGCACUCUAACACAGACCUCCGACUGCAAGUUAAGAACUGUCAAGAGACUCUUAGAAGCAAAAAACGCAACUGGGUUGGCUUCUUUGUAUGAUGUGAUGCAGAGUGUGUAGUGCUAGUUUAAAAGGUCUGUUAUAUAUGCCUUUAACUCUGUAGUAUCAAAUAAAAUAUUUACUGUAAA